GUUGAGAAAAAGAGUCGACCCGAGUUGAAUGCGGUCGUCAAAAACGCAGCCCACCAAAUAAGCUUCUGGCCCCUGCACAGUGCCCUGGGGCGCACAGGCCACAGCCUGCAGGGGUCCACGGCCCUAGGAGCAGAUCCCUUUAACCGAGUCGCUCUAACGUGGAUUCAAUCUAAUCAGAGCCAACCUCGGCGUCAUCAAAGAAGCCCGACUGAGCUCCCAGUAACUCGCACCCGCCACGACAUCCUGAACUUCCGAUCGCACAAGAAUUGUUUCGGUGGCCAUUGACAAAUCACAGCCAUGCCGGCACGGGCCAUUAGAGGUGUCCUGGUCGAGUGCGACCCGUCGAUCAAGUCCAUCAUCGUCAACAUUGACACCAAGAGCGGCCACGAGUACAUUAUUGAUGACCUCGAUGACGAGCAUGUGGUGAUCAAGGAGACGAUGUUGCAGAAGCUCAAGCAGGCGCUCGAGGACCGCCUGAGGGAGACGACCCAGCAGCAUGGAGGCGACGAGUCUGGCUCCGAGUGAUGCGCUCCCACGCGGUCGGCUUGCGGAUUACAACACCACGCCCUUUUCCUGCUGAAUGCAUCCAGCGCCUGAUUAACACUGUACGAGUACCUAUGGGCAGACACACUUGGCCUGCAACUCACGCGCUGCCUGCGCUAUCUAUCUGGCAUGGUAUUGAUGGCUGAGCACAAGACGUUCACGAGGGCACGCUGGCACAAUAGUCAGGAGUCAGGCCCAUGGAGGUAUUUACAAGUCCUCGGGGGACCGACCUGCAAGGGUCUAUGUCUAUAGCUUCUCGAACGUCGGCCUCCUCUUCUGUAUCCCAGACAGGAGCGCCGAGGAGACGUCGCUCGACUGGAGCAUAGCCGAGUUCCAGACAGCGGUAUGCCGCAGACCUGCAAAAGCAAGACGUCAGUUGGACCUGUCCAAAGCAGAACAGGGCAGGGGCUAGGGGGGCAAGCAAGAAUAGAACCUACUGUCUUCCACA